AUGCAUGCGGCACCAGCAAAAAUUGCUACCUACUUGCUCGCACUGGAUAACCGCACUAUUGUAGUCACGCAGCCCCGAGCGGACAAGGGGUCCUUUGUCAUCCAUGUCACAGGGUCAUGGAUAUGGAUAUGGAUUUGGAUUCGUAUGGAUGUGAGUGUGCUGCACAUCCAAGAACGGCCUCAGCGAGGCUUGGCCGCCGAGUUCCAGAAAGAGGCCACUUUGCAUCAAAUUCAGGUCGCUGGCAUUGAGAUCGAGGGCCCGUUCUUUUACUUUGUCACCAAGGUUCGCUGGUCGGGUUCCUAG